ACUAUCUGGCAACGCUGUCAAGUGUGUACAGUCCAGUCGUCGAAAAACUCGGAAUUUUGUUUUGCAGGUACGCGGCAAACGAAACGGUCAGAGUAAACAACAGUCAGAUCCAACCCCGGCCGGAAACGCCAUCGAAUCGCAAGCCACACAACCGGACAACCCCGGACGCAACAUGGUCAAGCCGGGCAAAAAGAAGGUGGUCGAGGAGCUGAGCCGCAAGAAGCUCGAGUCGCGCAAAAACGGUACCGCCCCGGAAAGCGAUAACGAGGAGAAGGACAUCGCCGGCUCCAAUGGGGACACCGGCUCCUCGGUCUCACACUCCACAGCUGCCUCAACCUCGAAGAAGCCGCCAAACAAGCGCAAGGCGCGCCCGUCGACCACUGUGCGCUCGGAGUCGGAGGACAGCGACGAUCUGCCCCUAAACUCAAAUGGUAACAAGGUGUCCACUUCCACCUCCUCGGCCGCCGCUGGUGGACCGUCGGCGCCCAAGAAGCGCAAUCUGGGCAAGCCCAAGGCCAACCCCGCUCCUGCCGCCAAAAAUGGCAAGAAGCCCGCUCCAGAGGAUCUGGAGGACGAUGCCGACCCGGUCAAAAGCGACGCCGAGCCGGAAGCAGAAGUAGAGUACGAGGUGGAGGCCAUCGUGGGCCAAAAGACGGUGAAGGGCGCUACCUACUUUCAGGUUCGCUGGAAGGGCUACACCAAGGCCGAGGACACAUGGAUGCUGGAGGCAGAUCUUAGCUGCGACUACUUGCUAGACCAAUUUCGGGCUAAGCAGGACGCCAAGCCUAAGCCCAGCAAGUCCCCGAAAGCCGGCAAGAAAGCAGGAGCCGGCGGACGUGGUCGCCCGCCCGGAGCCGCAAAGAAGUCGACUGCUGGCCCAUCUGAUCCUGAAAAGGAAUGGGUUGUCGAGCGCAUUGUUGACUUUGUGGACAACGCAGAGGGUGGACUGUACCGCAUCAGAUGGAAGGGCUUCGGUGCCAAGGACGACACCUGGGAGCCGGAGUCGAACCUCUCCUGCGAGGGCUUGAUCGAGAAGUUCAAGCGCGACCUGGUCACGCAGAAGAACGUGGAGACCAAGGAGCUGCGCGAAUCGCCCAAGAAGACCAAGCGCCUCGUCAACGAAUAUUACCCGAGGACAAAUAUUCACAAUCGCAUUGAGCGCUCCUCGAAGCGGGCUGCCGCCAAGAACCGGUGCGUUUAAUAUCUCUAUAUACAAAAUAAGCGUAUUUUACGGCGAGGACUGAGGAAAGGCAGCGGCCCCGCCCCCUCCCAGUGGUCGUCGGCGGAGGCGCCACUAAAAUAGGAUUUUAGUACACUUUACAUUUUUUUUUCGGCAUUGGUUUAAGGCGGAAUCUUCAAAUAACACUCGGCGUUUUCAAAAUGGACAAAUAACUCUUGCUUGUAAUUUUUACAACCAAAAUGCAACCGAAGAGUUAUUUUGCGAAUCGAUUUUGAAAACGCUAACUCUUACUUGCGAUUCCCGAUUUGGACACACGCAGGCGGUGUACGUGGAGUGUCGCGGCAGAUGGAGGGGCCAGGAGUCGAGGAGCAGUUGGACCGCGAACCGAAAUUCAUUGCAUACACGAAAUCCUGUCAAGAAACAGCGGACACAAUCCAAUCCAUACACAUGCACAUGCAACACAUUACAAAAUACUGAAAUACAGAUCUAUCUAGCAUUUAAGUGAGAGGUCGGUCAGGCGCUUGAUUGCAGCACGGAAUAUAUGUAGUAUUAUAUCUGGUUGUGCUGCACUCAGCCAGCGUAGAUUGUAAGCAAUGUAAACCUAGACCUAAACACAUACAUUUUUUCACAUAAGCCGAAGUCUAACAUUUGUAUCCUAAGUUUUGUCUUUCGAGUAAAUUGUGUUCUUCGCAAGCAAUUGCCACAGCUGCAAAUAGCCUCUUAACUAUUCUUCCCGAUCGUCUCCAUUCAUAAUAUGUAUGCAAUAGUGUACACAAAGUAACUACAUAAUAAUUAGCAAGGAGCGCAGAAGCCUCCAGUAUGAUAAAGAAUAAUAAAUAUAUGUAAACGAUGUCAAAAAUGCA